GCCUUUAAUUCCGCCUGGAAGGUGCUGAUCAGUUCCCGCCUCUUGCUGUGGUCCAGGCUCGGCCGCCGCCGCCGCUCACUUCUUGCGACACAAUUAAUUAAAAGAAAAUCUGCGAAGUUGAAGGCGUUGUUGAGAUUGUAUGCUUUCGGGCUGAUCUUGGUUCUCGUGCUUGUUCUCUGGAAUUGGCAGGAUCUGUUUCUGCUACUUCUGUUGCAAUUCCUGUGGUGGCCAUGGCCAGCAGAGGAGUAUCCAGGCCAAAUGGUCAAUCACACGCCAGCAAAAUCUGCCAGUUCAAACUUGUCUUGCUCGGCGAGUCAGCUGUGGGAAAGUCCAGUCUAGUGCUGCGAUUUGUUAAAGGACAAUUCCAUGAAUACCAGGAAAGCACAAUUGGUGCUGCCUUUCUCACACAAUCCGUCUGCUUGGAUGACACAACAGUGAAGUUUGAGAUCUGGGACACUGCUGGACAAGAACGAUAUCACAGUCUAGCUCCCAUGUAUUACAGAGGUGCUCAGGCUGCCAUUGUAGUCUAUGACAUCACCAAUCAGGAGACAUUUGCAAGAGCAAAGACAUGGGUGAAAGAGUUGCAGCGCCAAGCAAGCCCCAGUAUUGUUAUAGCACUAUCGGGAAAUAAAGCAGAUCUGGCAAAUAAAAGAAUGGUGGAAUAUGAGGAAGCACAAGCAUAUGCAGAUGACAACAGCUUAUUGUUCAUGGAGACAUCAGCAAAGACAGCAAUGAAUGUUAAUGACCUAUUUUUGGCAAUAGCCAAGAAGCUGCCAAAGAGUGAACUUCAGAAUGCCAGUGGAGCAGCAGGCCGCAAUAGAGGUGUGGAUCUCCACGAACCAUCUCCGCAGAACAGGAGCCAGUGUUGUAGCAACUAAAUGUUGAAGGGAGCUUGCUCCAGUUGACAACUGCACACUUGAGUGGAAAUUCGAUUUCUCCAGCCAUGCCCUUUGCGAUGCUUUAGUCAAGAAAGUACCUGCAGAAUGGAUGUGGAACUUAAACCAGUCAUUACUUUGUAUUAUAGAUGCAAAUAUCAACCUUUUCCCUCUUAAAUGAUGUUCGUGUGGAUGCACUUAUCUCUUGCACACCAGUUCUUCAAAAACCUGUUUUUAAACAUUAUACAUUAUGAAAAUGCUCACAUUCUAGUGGUGUAACUUAGCACGAAAGCUGCAGUAUCCCAUUGAUCAGUUUCUGCCCUGUAUUUUGAGACUGCACACAAUAUAAAUCAGUAUUUUGCAUAAGCUUUGACUGACGGGCAAUCUUUGCAGUUCAGCAAAUUGUAGUAAUUGGCCCUUUCUAAAUGGUAAGUCUAAAAGGGGUUCUGUAUUGAAAAGUAGGUUAGUUAUCAUGGAGAAAUUGGCUGCUAAAACCUGUAAACUCUGGCUACUAGUUCUUGGUGCAAUAAGAUUGUAGGUCACUGAACACUUGAGCAUUGUGAAUACUUCUGAAGUAACACGGUAUUUUUUAAACUACUGUAGGUGGCACCUUGGUUUUAAGUGGUUUGAGGGGAAACUAGGCUCCGUCAGCAUGGGUGUUUUAACUCUGCACUGCUCUCACACUUGUGCUUGUCAAGAAUGGGUUGUAAGAGGUGUGCACUUAACUGAACCACGAAAGGGCAGUAUACCACAAAAUCAAUGCACGGUUGGAAAUGAGUGCAUACAGGUUCUAAAAUUAAGCUGUAGUUUUGCUUAUGAUGACUUGUGCCAUAUAUUGGCUAGCUAAUGAACCUUCCACGUGGAGUAGGGGAAGACCUGAGAAAGCUUUACAAUGACUGACCACUACAUGUCCUGAAUAGUUCAGUCCACUUUAACAAUUUUGGUUCAGACUCCUAUAUUGGAGCUAUGAUUAAAGUGAUGCCUACAAAAUUGCUGGUUCUCCACCUGACGUGUUUAAGAAAGAACUGCAGAUGCCGGGAGGCUGGGUUCAGUAUAGCAGUAUCUGUUAAGAAUAACUGGUAGUGUUGGAUGCACAGAGGUUGAGAUUCAACUUGAUAAACUAUAACAUUGUAUCUUGGUAACUUGGCUGUAUGUUUGCAUUGUGGUGGUGAUCCAAUGGCAUUUUGUGGCUUUAUUAAUUCCUCUUGGAUUUAGCUUCCACUAUAGACAUACGAUGUGAAAGCACUGCUAAUUCUGCCCAUGCAGUAGGAUACUGCAGCAUUAUUUAACUUGUGGUAAUAUCUUAAUUUUGCCCUGAUCAACUCCCCCGAGUAUUUGAUUUCAAAAGAUCAAUAAUUUGUUGGAUUUUUUUGACAUUCUCAUUACACUCUCCAUCACGGGCACACAUGAAACAUUGUAGUUUGACAUGGGAAUAGUUUCCGCACCUUGGUUUGCAUAAGAACACCACCAUUGGAAUGAAUUGGUAAACAAUUGAAUGAUCUCUGGAUUUCAGAUCAUUUUGCAAAUUGCCAAUUACAAUGCAUGAUCUAUACACUUUACAGCCACUUUGCAAUGUGUUUCUUUCCUGCAGAACACCUAUAGGAUGAAAAGCAGUCCGUUCCCACGGGACUCUUUUGAUCCACUAAGCUUAACUUUUGAGCCAGUGUUUGUUCCGGUCUAACUCUAAAAUUGGCUAGCAUAAGCAUUAACAUCUGGUUUGGGCAGAGUUAUUGAUAAAGAUGUUCAACUGUCUGCCAUGUAGAUAGAAAUGAGGACGUAGCCAAGCACUUUGCUAUCAGCAUUUUAGAUCAAGUGUGAACGUGUGAGGAAUCUGGAUGCAGAAAUUGAUACAUUGGCGAAUUUUUGAUCAGAUGAGUUUUUAAAUUGAGCCUUUAUCAGUGUUUUGGGCAUGUGAUGAAUGAUUUGGGUCUUGCAUAGGAAUUUAAUCUUUUUCUGACGCACUUUAAUGGUUUUCUUCUCAAUGCAUUCAUCUAAUCUGGUGUCUAGUUACCCAACUCUGUGCACAUGUAUAUACCAGCAUUGGGAAUAUUCUGAAAUUUAACUUUCUCUUAUUGACUCAAGGGGGAGGGAAAAGUGGAGAAGCCUUUGGAUCUCACUUCAACAGUGACUCCAAGUGUAUGUAUGAUUUUAAAGUUCACUUUUAUUAGAUCUUCUGAAUUUGUGUAGUUGUAAUGUUGCUGCAUUAGAUAGCUUGGUUCUUGCAACCUAAAGGGCGCACUUGUUGAAUGUCUUCACCUAGCUAGGUAUGGUUCCUUCAUGGUAGCUGUCAUGAAUGGGCAAUGCAUUUUAUACCAGAUAAUCAUUUGCAUUGGUGUCGCGAAGACUGUCUAUUCACUUCUACGAGGCAAUAUUAAUCCACUAAUCCUGUUUUGGCUCCAAAUGGAAGUGAACAAAGCAGUUGUGGGCAUGUGAUUUUUAAAUAAAACACUAUGCAAGUCCUGUAAAAGGUUGGAUUUCAUAGCACGAAACUGGUCAUGCCACCUGUGAAUAAGAUGCCACAAUUCUGUAAACAAUUUGCUGUUUUUGUAAUUAAGUCAGCUUUAAACUUGUUGCAAUUAAAUCAUGGUCAUUCUAAUAAAUAGAUGUAACCAUGUAUUAUGGAUGGCCUUGUUUAUGGAUUUCAUUACUAUGGACAAUUCUGGUGUAUUCUAAUGGGGGUACUACCACUGAAAUGUAUUUGGGACUACCUGGAUUUGUGCAUUGAGGGUUUCAUUUUUGUAUAUUAUCCUGAAAGAUUAAAAGUUAUUACCUAGCAA